ACCAAGGUUUCUGCAUGAUGUGCAUCAUGGAAUCUCACGUGAACAAGGUCCUGCACACCCCUGUCAGUGCCAUCCUGCCCUUGGCUGUCCUCAAGGUUUUCAGACGCAUAGGAGAGCAUUUCCAGCCUGGCAGGGAGGAAGAUGCCCAUGAUUUCCUGUGCUGCACUGUCAAUGCCAUGCAGAGAGCUUGUCUGAGUGCAAGCAAUGACUUGGACCUCUCUUCUCAAUCCACCACCAUUGUCUAUCAAAUAUUUGGGGGCUUUCUGAGAUCCAGAGUCACCUGCUUCAGCUGUGAAGCCAUUUCUGACUCCUACGAGGCCUUCCUGGAUGUUCCUUUGGAUAUCAAAGCAGCCUCGUCCCUCACUGCAGCUCUGGAGGAAUUUGUGACACCCGAGCACCUGGAUGGUGAUAACUGCUUUAAAUGUGACAAGUGUAAGAAGAACGUUGCUGCCUCCAAGAGGUUCACAGUCCAUCGUGCCCCCAAGAUCCUCACGGUGUGCCUGAAGAGGUUUGACUGCUUCAACGGUGGGAAGAUCAGCAAGGUUGUGGAGUACCCUGAAUUCCUGGACCUUCGUCCCUACAUGUCCCAGGCAGAUGGAGAACCCCUCCAGUACUCCUUGUAUGCUGUCCUGGUGCACAGCGGGGUCAGCUGCCAAGGAGGACACUAUUUCUGCUACACAAAGGCCAGCAAUGGGCUGUGGUACGAGAUGGAUGAUGAGUCUGUGGAGCUCCGUUGCAUUGACACAGCUCUCAGGCAGCAAGCCUACCUGCUCUUUUAUGCCAGAUGCUCUGAUCUGAAGAUUGGAGAAAGGGCUGCUUCUUCCUCUCUGACACCACCACAUGCCCCUUCUUUCCUCAGCCACUGGGCAGGCAGCAGCAAGAAGGUGGCUUCCAUUGGCCCCCAGGGUUUGCCUGGCAGGAGGAAGCUCUCUUUGCAGGACACAGUGCUGGAGGUGGAGGAUGCUGGCAUGGAGCAGGCCUGGAGCAGGUCCCAGAUGUGGGAUGGCCACAGCUGCUUGGUGGACACCAUGGACUGUGACCCCUCAGCAGGGAGGAGAACAAACCCUGCCAGCAAUGGCCAUUCAUCUCCCAGGGAUGCUGCAGCUUCAGGGCCUUCCAGGAGGAGCCUGCAGUGGGCUGGUGCCCCCAGGGCUGCCCAGGAGCAAACCCUGCUGAGGCACAGAGAGAUGAGCAGAUCCGUGCGGGGCGGCUACAACCUCCGCAGCCGCUUUGUGCUGCACACAGAGCCCUCACCCAGGAGGAGGAGGAGGAGGAGGAGGAGGAGGCAGGCAACAAAUCCUCCAUGUCAUGACCAUGCCCACAGAGCAGUCCCAAAGCCCUCCAGCACCAGCUUGAAGCAGCAAAGCCCACUGAGGUGGAGGGAGCAGAGGAGCCGGGGCUGGGAGCGCCGCGGCCGCUCGGUGCAGCGCACACACCAUCACCACCUCUUUCUGGGCAGGAGGAACAGGGGCAGAACGAGUCCUCCACGUCGUGGCAAAGCCCCAGUGGAUAACAACAGCAGCUUGAGGAAAGCUGCCAUGCUCAGGGCUGCUCAGGAGCCACCCAGAGCCAGGCUGAGGGAGCUGAGAAGAUCCCUGAAGCCGGGCUACGAUCUCCGCAGCCGCUUCGUGCUCUGCACCCGCCAGCCUCCAACGAGGAAGAGGAGGGUUUCCAUGGCCCAGAGAUGCGUGUCAAACAAGCACUCAGAGCACCCCAGGAGUGCUGCAGUCAGAUUGUGGCCCUGGCUGAAGCAGAAUGGAAGAUUAGCGCUGCGGUUUUUAGCAAAGGUGUCCUUGUUUUCUACACGCCUUCUCACACAUGAGGGAAUGGUUUAUUUACAUGGAUGAUGAUGCUAGUGGCUAGACUAAAAGGGUUUAAGUAGAAUUCUUUAUUAUAAUUAAUUCUUUAUAAUUCUUUAUAAUUGCUCUAUUAGUAGCAAUAGCUAUCCACUGUGUAGAUAGUUUUUGCUGCUGAUAUAGCUCAGUAUGUGGAAGCAAUAGCUGCGGUUUUUAGCAAAGGUGUCCUUGUUUUCUACACGCCUUCUCACACAUGAGGAAAUGGUUUAUUUACAUGGAUGAUGAUGCUAGUGGCUAGACUAAAAAGGAUUUAAUUAUAAUUCUUUA